AGAGAAAAUGAUGGGUGUUGGUGGGUGCAAGUUAGGAGUAGAAAAUUUUGAGGGCCAAAGAUUCAUCUUCUCAAAGUACUUGUAGCUGGCAAGAAGCUGUCUUGCUCUUUUUCUUUUACGCCCAGCUUCUCUCUCUUCCUCUCCAAUGGUCGUCUUGGGUCACAUUACUUAAUCUCUCUCUCUAUUCCACAAAGUUUCCACCUUUAAGAAGAAGAAGACGAAGAGGAAGAAGAAUCAGUUGGGUUUUUUUUCUUUCGCAGCUGAAGAAGACAAGACGAAGGGGAGAGUUUUAGAGGAGAUAGAUGAGUGCGUCGAGGUUCAUAAAGUGCGUUACAGUCGGCGAUGGAGCCGUCGGCAAGACCUGCAUGCUUAUCUCCUACACCAGCAACACUUUCCCUACGGAUUAUGUGCCAACUGUAUUUGACAACUUCAGUGCAAAUGUGGUUGUAGAUGGGAAUACUGUUAACCUAGGGUUGUGGGAUACUGCAGGCCAGGAAGACUAUAAUAGACUGCGGCCUUUGAGCUACCGUGGGGCAGAUGUCUUCCUUCUCGCUUUCUCUCUCAUCAGCAGGGCCAGCUAUGAAAAUGUUGCCAAGAAGUGGAUUCCCGAAUUGAGGCAUUAUGCACCUGGAGUUCCAAUCAUUCUUGUUGGGACUAAACUUGAUCUUCGAGAUGAUAUACAAUACUUUAGGGACCACCCUGGUGCCACUCCCAUUACCCCAACCCAGGGCGAGGAACUAAGGAAAUUGAUUGGAGCUCCUGUUUAUAUUGAAUGUAGUUCAAAAACGCAACAGAAUGUGAAAGCUGUCUUUGAUGCUGCCAUCAAGGUGGUUCUCCAGCCGCCAAAACAGAAGAAGAAAAAGAAGAGACGAGGGCAAAAGGCUUGCGCUAUAUUGUGAUUGCCAAAAGAAUUCCAAAUUUAAAAAUAUUAUUAACUCGUAAUUGUCUUAUUGUCACUGCCUUGUGUCUUAGGUCAGCUCCCGUUGUGAAAGAAGCAGCAAAGCAGCUUUGAUAUAGUCUCAAACUGACAAGACUAGCAGAACUCUUCAUCAAGAACUCGAAUUUAAGCGCUUGUUGUUUUCUCGUCCGUUUCUGAUUUGUUGUAUAUCGUCUAUUCACAGUGUCUUCUAUAACAUUCGCACUUCUGUUUCCUUAAUUCUAGAUAUGUACGAUGUAUCAAUUAGAAUGGAUAGAUUUCUUAUUCUAGAAAAACCAGACAUUGAUCAUUGUAUAUCAUGUUUCAAGAACUGAUUUAGAUAUUUGAAGAAAUUGUCCUUGUAUCUAGGGUUUACUUUGGAUUACCUCGAA